UUUUUAACUCAAUUAUUUCCCGCUGGAUUUCUGCCGUCUCCUCUCCCAUCCACACUUUUGCAACCUUUUCAUUGAUAGACAAAGAUCUAUUUUUAUUUUUCCAUUAAAUUUUCUAUUUAUUUUUCUUCAAAUUCACGCCGUACUUUCUCUUCCGCUAAUAUAAAGAUUGGAUUUUUAUGAGAUCAAAAAGGUUGGAAAAUGAUGGGGAUUUUGCCCAGAAUCCAUGUGCACUUCCUAAUAUAAAAUAACUCCAUCCAGUAAUAAAUUUUGAGAGAGAGAGAGUGCGUGUAGAGAGAGAAAGGGUGAGAGAGAGAGAGAGAGAGAGAGAGAGAGAGAGCAAAUAGAUAUUUUCCUCCUGCUCUUGAUUUGGGGAGAUCUAGUGGUUCAAGUUGUUUUAUUUUUUGUUGGUUUUAUAGAUUUUAGCAGGAAAAGGGUGAUAUGAUAUUGAGCAGAUUCUGAAGCUUUAAUCUUUAGCAGUGACAGGAUGAACCCAGAUCAGAGGAGAAAGGCUUUAGCAGAAGUAGAUUUCUUCACUGAAUAUGGCGAGGGAAGCAGGUAUAAAAUAGAAGAAGUGAUAGGCAAGGGGAGCUAUGGUGUUGUAUGCUCUGCUAUCGAUACACAUGCUGGGGAGAAGGUAGCAAUCAAGAAGAUCAAUGAUAUCUUUGAGCAUGUUUCUGAUGCUACACGAAUACUUCGUGAGAUUAAGCUUCUUAGGAUCUUGCGCCAUCCUGAUAUCGUGGAAAUAAAGCACAUUCUGUUGCCGCCUUCGAGAAGAGAAUUCAAAGACAUAUAUGUUGUUUUUGAACUCAUGGAAUCUGAUCUACAUCAGGUUAUUAAGGCUAAUGAUGAUCUAACUCCAGAACACUACCAAUUUUUUCUUUAUCAAUUGCUUCGAGGACUGAAGUACAUACAUACAGCAAAUGUUUUUCAUAGGGACCUCAAACCCAAAAACAUUUUAGCAAAUGCUGAUUGCAAACUUAAGAUAUGUGACUUUGGCCUUGCAAGAGUCGCCUUCAAUGAUACUCCUACUGCCAUUUUCUGGACGGAUUAUGUUGCGACUAGGUGGUACAGGGCACCUGAGUUAUGUGGUUCCUUUUUCUCUAAGUAUACACCUGCAAUAGAUAUCUGGAGCAUCGGCUGUAUCUUUGCAGAAUUAUUGACUGGAAAGCCUCUUUUUCCUGGGAAAAAUGUGGUCCACCAAUUGGAUCUAAUGACAGAUCUUUUGGGUACCCCCUCUGCUGAAGCCAUUGCCAGAGUGCGCAAUGAGAAAGCCAGAAGAUAUCUGGGUGGCAUGCGCCGGAAAAAACCUGUACCUUUCUCUCAGAAAUUUCCAAAUGCUGAUCCUCUUGCUCUUCGUUUGCUAGAGAGGAUGUUAGCUUUUGAACCCAAGGAUCGCCCAACUGCUGAAGAGGCUUUGGCCGAUCCUUAUUUCAGGAACAUAGCAAAGGUUGAGAGAGAGCCUUCUGCGCAGCCAGUUACGAAAAUGGAAUUUGAAUUUGAGAGACGGAGAAUAACAAAGGAAGAUGUCAGGGAGCUCAUUUACAGAGAAAUUCUUGAAUACCAUCCAAAGCUGUUGAAAGAGUUCUUGGAAGGAGCUGAAUCUACUGGUUUCAUGUAUCCAAGUGCUGUGGAUCACUUCAAGAAGCAGUUUGCUUUUCUUGAAGAACACUAUGGAAAUGGUGCAACAGUCACCCCACCUAGUCGACAACAUGCAUCAUUGCCUAGGCCAUGUGUAGUUUAUUCAGAUAACACAGCUCAGAAUCCAAUGGAAAUAGCUGAAGAUCUUUCCAAAUGUUACAUCAAGGAAGCUGAGAGGCCACAGCAGGAGAGCUGUGUGGCCCCCAUGUCGAGACUUCCUCUUCAAGUUCCUCAGAGGUUCCAAGGUGCAACAGGUGUUGCAAGGCCAGGCAAGGUCGUUGGUUCAGUUCUCCGUUACAAUAAUAACAAUCCAAAUGCUACCACUAGAAAUCCCGUACCUAUUCCACCACAACACAACACUGCAUCUUCCAGCUGUUCUUAUCCAAGAAGAAACCCUAGCUCUAAAAGUGAGAGAGGAGACGACGAUAUGGUAGUGGGACCCGCUGUUGUGCAAAAGCCCAAGCCCUAUAUCGGUAAUCAGAGGGUUCUCUCGAGUAUGAUUCCAAAUCCCUAUUAGGUUUUUAGCUACAGUUCGUUCAGCAAUCAUCUAACGUAACCCUGUUGGAAUCUCAUUCAUUUGCCCGCUGUAAAGUUUCACAUCACUAGGAGAUCGACGUCAGUUUAAUUUAACUGUGAUAUCCGGGGGUUAUAACGAGGAAGAUAAAUAUUUGUUCGUUUAUGGUGACGUAUAACUUAUGGAUGUAAUGUUUUGGCAACAGGGAGGUCCAGGGAGCUAUUUUUAUGUUAUUACAAUUAUAUUAUGAUGUCCUAUUGUUUGUAGACUGUUGUAAUAACUUUAUUAUUUUAUUGGAUUUCUUCUGGUAUAGAAAAUUUUAUAAAGUGUUGAGGGUUUUCUCCUUCAUGAUGUGUAUUGUAUGGAGGGGAGAUGAAAAGUUGGAAGGGUUAUGCAAAGUUCUAGUGCAUGUAUUUGAAUGAUGUAUUUUUGUAGGCUAUCCACAAGCAUAUAAAAUGCUUUGUAAGUUGAUCAUAUCAAAAUGCAGAUGUUAUUUAA